AUGUGGGUCAAUCCCGAAGAUGUCCUGUUAGCGGGUGCUCUGUGGGUAACCGAACGAGCAAAUCCCUACUUUAUCCUCCAGAAACGGAAGGGCCAUGGAAAUGGUGGCGGGGGGCUUGCAGGUCUACUGGUGGGGACCUUGGAUGUGGUCCUGGACUCCAGUGCUCGAGUGGCUCCAUAUAGAAUCCUGUACCAGACACCCGACUCCUUAGUGUACUGCAUUAUCGCUCAUGGGACCUCCCGUAAAGAGAUCACAGAGCACUGGGAGUGGCUAGAGCACAAUCUACUACAGACUCUUUCCAUCUUUGAUAAUGAAAAUGAUAUUACCACCUUCGUCAAGGGAAAAGUGCAAGGCAUCAUAGCAGAAUUCAACAAGAAUCAUGAUGUUAAAGAGGAUGACGACACAGAGAAAUUCAAGGAAGCCAUUGCUAAGUUUCGAAAGCUGUUUGGCAUGCCAGAUGAGGAGAAGCUGGUCAACUAUUACUCCUGCAGUUACUGGAAGGGCAAGGUUCCCCGGCAGGGAUGGCUGUACCUCAGCAUCAACCACCUCUGCUUCUACUCCUACCUGCUAGGGAAAGAAGCAAAACUGGUUGUGCGUUGGGCAGACAUCACCCAGCUAGAGAAGAGUGCCACACUGCUGCUGCCUGAUGUGAUCAAGGUCAGCACACGCGCCAAUGAGCACGUCUUCUCAGUCUUCCUUAACAUCAAUGAAACCUUCAAGCUGGCGGAGCAGCUGGCUAACAUUGCCAUGCGUCAGCUCUUGGACAACAAGGGCUUCGAACAGGACCGCUCGCUGCCCAAACUCAAGAGGAAGUCACCGAAGAAGGUGUCUGCACUCAAGAGGGAUCUGGAUGCUAGAGCUAAGAGUGAGCGUUACAGAGCCCUAUUUCGUUUACCAAAGGAUGAGAAACUUGAUGGGCACACUGACUGCACCCUGUGGACCCCCUUCAAUAAAAUGCACAUCCUGGGACAGAUGUUCGUCUCCACCAACUACAUCUGCUUCACCAGCAAGGAAGAAACCCUGUGUAGCCUCAUCAUUCCCCUUCGUGAGGUGACCAUCGUGGAAAAGGCAGACAGCUCCAAUGUGCUGCCGAGCCCACUGUCUAUCAGCACCAAGAACCGAAUGACCUUCUUGUUUGCAAAUCUCAAAGACCGAGACUUCCUGGUCCAAAGGAUCUCUGAUUUCCUACAGCAGACAACUUCCAAGAUCUACAUGGAGAGAGAACUUACUGGCAGCCUAAACAGCUCAGAUGAUGAGGCAUACUCCCAGCAUGGGUCGCUGCUGUCUAGCAGCCCUCAACGGAGCUUGGGUUCAGACAGUGAGCGUCAGUUCAAUCUCAAUGACAGCAGUGUUCCCACUGCCACACAGGCCCUCAUGACCAUGUACCGCCGGCGCUCGCCAGAGGAGUUCAAUCCCAAACUGGCAAAGGAGUUUCUGAAGGAGCAGGCAUGGAAGAACCAUUUCACAGAAUAUGGACAGGGGGUGUGUAUGUACCGCACUGAGAAGACGAAGGAGCUAGUCCUGAAGGGCAUACCUGAGAACAUGAGAGGAGAUCUUUGGCUCCUCUUCUCUGGUGCAAUUAAUGAGAUGGCCACCCAUCCGGGAUACUACGAGGAUCUGGUGGAGAAGUCAAUGGGCAAGUACAACCUGGCAACAGAGGAGAUCGAGAGGGACCUGCACCGCUCUCUCCCUGAGCAUCCUGCCUUUCAGAAUGAGAUGGGCAUCGCUGCCCUUCGCAGGGUUCUCACAGCUUACGCAUUCAGAAACCCUAACAUUGGAUACUGUCAGGCAAUGAAUAUUGUUACAUCGGUGUUGCUGCUCUAUGCCAAAGAAGAGGAGGCUUUUUGGUUGCUUGUGGCUUUAUGUGAGCGGAUGCUGCCAGAUUAUUACAACACCAGGGUUGUAGGAGCACUCGUGGACCAGGGUGUAUUUGAAGAGCUGGCCCGAGAGUACGUUCCCCAGCUGUAUGAUUGCAUGCAAGACCUCGGGGUCAUCUCCACCAUUUCACUCUCGUGGUUCCUUACCCUUUUUCUAUCGGUUAUGCCGUUUGAAAGUGCGGUAGUGGUGGUGGACUGCUUCUUCUACGAGGGCAUCAAGGUCAUCUUUCAGCUGGCACUUUCAGUGCUGCAUGCCAACAUCCACCAGCUACUAGGCUGCAAAGAUGACGGCGAGGCAAUGACUGUACUGGGCAGGUACUUGGACAGUGUCACCAAUAAAGACAGCACGCUACCUCCUAUCCCCCAUCUUCACUCCCUGCUAACAGACAAUGGGGAACCCCAUCCAGAAGUGGACAUUUUCAAACUGGUCCGCAGCUCCUACGAGAAAUUUGGCUCCAUCCGUGCAGACGUCAUUGAACAGAUGCGUUUCAAACAGAGACUAAGGGUGAUCCAGACCAUUGAGGAUACCACUAAGCGCAACGUGGUUAGAACUAUUGUGACAGAGACCGCCUUCAGCAUUGAUGAAUUGGAGGAGCUUUAUGUACUCUUCAAGGCAGAGCACCUUACUAGCUGCUAUUGGGGUGGUAGCAGCAACCCCACAGAGCGCCAUGACCCCAGUCUACCCUACCUGGAGCAAUACCGGAUGGAUGUGGAGCAGUUCAAGGGCCUUUUUGUCCUGUUAUUCCCCUGGGCCAACGGGGCCCAUUCAGAUCCCUUGGCCUUGCGCUUCUUCCGUCUGCUUGACCAAAACGGAGACGCCCUCAUCAACUUCCGCGAGUUCAUCAGCGGCCUGAGUGUGCUAUGUCACGGGGAUCUGACCGAGAAACUGAAACUCCUGUACAAGAUGCAUGUUUUACCUGAGGUCAAUCGUGAACAGGAGGAGCCUGACUCUGCCUUCGAGGCCACCCAGUACUUCUUUGAAGACAUUACCCCAGAAACCUCACUUGGCCACGAACCCAAGUGCAGAAGCGAAAAGGAUGAUGGCUUUGUCAGAGUGACCUUCAAGACUGAAAAGGUUAAGAAACUGCACACUGCUGAUUACCGCCAUUACCUAAAGCUGUGGAACCAGGAGACAAAGCCCAAACUAGAAAAUACAAAAGACUUACCCAAACUCAACCAGAGCCAGUUCAUCGAGUUGUGUAAGACACUGUACUGCAUGUUCAAUGAAGAUGUUGCAGAACAGCAGCUCUAUCAUGCCACAGCUACCGUCACCAGUUUGCUGUUGGAAAUGGGUGAGGUGGGUAAGCUUUUCUCCUGCCCUGGUGGCAAGGACCAUGACCAAGAGGGUAACUUGGGUAGGAGAGGUGCCACCGAUUUGAAAAUUGGUCACGAGGCGGCACCUGACGUCUUCCAGCUGAGGGAACAGGAAGAGCCGUUCCUCCCUGACGCAUCGGGGGAGAGCAAGCUAAUGCCUUGUGAGGAGAAAGGAGACGAUGGAGGGUGUGAGCAGCUUCCACCUAUGCAAGACAUCAAGCUGGAUGACUCGUCCCCGAAAGACACCGGAACAUCGUCCGCCAUGCUGAUUUCAGAUGAUGAAACCAAAGAUGACACGUCUAUGUCAUCCUAUUCGGUGCUCAGUGCAGGUUCCCAUGAGCUGGAUGACAAGCUGCAUUGUGAGGACAUUGCAGAUGACACGGUGCUGGUGCGCAGUGGCUACGACCGAGGAGGCCUUCCACACAGCACAAGCAUUGAUAAGGACUGGGCCAUUACUUUUGAGCAGUUUCUGGCCUCUGUGCUUACCGAGCAGGCCCUGGUGCAGUACUUUGAAAAGCCGGUGGAGGUGGCAGCACGUAUAAUCAAUGCCAAGAACGUGCGGAAAGCAGGACGCCCUAUGCUGUCAUCGAGUGACUAUGAGAUCUCGCUGUCUGGUUGAGGCCUUAAAAGAGGUUGCAUACAAGGACCCCUGUUCUCUGUGUACACUUUCAAAUGGGGAAACUUGUCAGUGUCAAUCAAGUCAUCAGUGUACAAAUGUCUUAAUCAGCGCUAGAAGAGGAUGUGAAAUCUACAUUACGUGUGUGUGAUACUCAUGAAUGUGAACCAAAACUGCUCUUGGCAAUGUAUUUUAUCAGAUGUGAAAAGACUUUUAUCGAUAGAAUUAGUAGAUUUGGUCCAAACAAGAAGGAACGGGUAUUGUGCAGUUUUGCUCAAAGAGAAUCUCUGUGCACAUAUAAUAACUGUACUUUAUAAAAUGUUAAACAUAGGUGUUAAUAUUGUAACCUUUAGUACACUUAGGCCAUGUAGAUUUAAAUGUCCACACGUGGGGAUAUUGAUACUAGUCUACUCAAGAUUACUUAACAUGAUGACUGGUCGGUUGAUGCUUCUUUAAAUUACAUGUCACUAGUCACAGUACACGCUUAAAGCUCGUUUUGCGGCGUUUCUCUUCUGAAUACCAAGAUAGAAAAAAAACAAAACUCUUCCAGAGGGUGACGAGACUGAAUUUGAAUGUGUUGUUUGAGUUCACCAUUCACUUCUAAAAACUCCCCUCAAGUGGUAUUUCAGUGAGAUCAAGCAUAUUUUUGUUUUAAAAUGUGCACCACCACAUGAGUGUUAGAUAGUUGACCUCUGACGUAAUACCCCUGCAAUCUAUUGUGCAGCGUCUACAUUUUUUUUUUUUUACCAAUAGUGACAAAUGACCUCUGUCCCUAAAUUAAAAACACAGCAACAGACUAAAGCCAUGGUCCACAUUGCUAUAGCGUUUAGCAUUUUAGACCGUUUUAAAAAGAAUGCAAGUGAUGCCACUGAAGAUACCAUGGGCACCAAUACGUAAUUGCCUCAUGCAGCCACAGGGUGAUAUUGGUGCUUAAAACUGCAGAUUGCUGGCUCAAGCAAAAUUUUAUAUAUAGGAGCACCUGCACUUUCAUUAUUAUCUGGGAAAAAUAAGUUUACAACACAUAUUCCACUUUAUAUGUAUUCUUCUUGCCUUGUCAUGCUACAGUUGUUUGCACUCCAAAAAUGAGUUGUUGUUUUUUUUAAAUGGAAUAUAUUUUUACCUUUGCGCGCCACAUUUUACAUUGCUGUAUUUAAGUUAUUCUCGCUUAUUUUGAUUUUAUAUGUCCGGUUGUACGUGCUCAUAAUUCUGAAGCUUUGUGUACCAUUUACUAAUUAAAAGUAUAGUGUGAUUCUAUGCUAGCAAAGAUGUCUUCUCGUUGUUUUGAUCGGGGAAUGCCACUUUGGAUGAUUAUGAUA